UAUGAAACUGUUAUUUUCAUUGAAAUGCCGUGAAUAAUGUUGUAAUAUCUACGAAAUGAUAUUUUGCAUACAAUUAUAUAUAACCUAAAAUGUACUGAUGUAUUAUUAAUUUUGUUAUCUCAGUUUAAAAUAAUUAAAUUUAUAAUUAUAAUAUAAUAAAUAUAGCAAAAAUGGAAGGGGUACCGUCUCUGGAAACGGUAUAUCAGGCUAUUUACACUCUAUAUAAUAAUCCUCAAACUGUAGAAAAAGAAAAGGCGUCGCAAUGGCUCGAACAAUUACAAAAAUCGGUUUAUUCAUGGAAGGUGGCUGAUGAAAUACUGCAAGAGAAAAGAAAUCUCGAAUCUUGUUAUUUUGCAGCGCAGACUAUGCGAUCUAAAGUUCAACAAUCAUUUCAUGAACUACCUUUAGAAUCACAUAUAUCAUUGCGAGAUUCUCUUAUAGAGCACCUUGGACAGGUUAAUGAGGAAACUAAUACUGUUAUUGUAACCCAGCUAUGUUUGGCACUAGCAGAUUUGACAUUGCAAAUGACGACAUGGAAAUCUGCAAUACCUGACCUUAUUAAUAAAUUCUCUGCAUCAAAUUUAUAUACUCUUGUGAUUUUAAUGAGAGUAUUACCAGAAGAAAUUAAUUCCAGAGCCUUGCGUCUUGGUGCUAACAGACGGCAAGAAGUAAUAUCAGAAUUAAGUUCUCAAUCAUUAUCAGUCAUAGAAUUCUUAAAUAUGAGCCUAAUGAAUUAUAACAAUAAUGAACAAAUUAUUGUACAAAUAAUCAAAUGCUUCACAUCAUGGAUCUCUGUGCAAGUAGUCAGUUUAACAGAUAUAUCUAGUAAUGCUGUUAUUAUGAAAGCAUGUAUGGUAUUGACUUGUAAUGAUUCUUCAUCUAAUAUUCAUGAUGCUGCUACUGAUUUAAUUUGCAUGAUUCUUCAAAGUAUAAUGGAAAAAAAUGAUCGUAAUGAACUGACAAAAUUGGAGAUGGAAUUGUUUACAGGAAUAAUUAGAUUAGAAGACUGUUAUCACAUGUCUGUAGCUCAUGAAAAUAUUGAGAAAUCCUUAAAUUAUAGCCGAAUAUUCACAGAACUGGCAGAUUGUCUGUUUGAUAAAAUUAUAAAUGAAUCUACCGACCCUGCAAAUCCUUAUUUUGCAUUGAAGAUUUUGGAUUUAGUUUUAAUUUGUGUGGGUCAUCAUGAUUAUGAAGUGGCUGAAGUGACUUUCAAUUUAUGGUUUAGAUUGGGUGAAGAUAUUUUCAAUCGAGAUUCUCGAGUUCUAAAUUCAAUAUUUGCCCCAUAUGUGGAUCGGUUAAUUAAUGCUCUAAGAAAACAAUGCCAAAUGGAUUCAGACUUCGAAGGACUCUUAGAGGAAGGAGAUGAUUUUUAUGACUUUAGAUUGAAAGUACGAGAUUUAAUUAAAGAUGUAGUUUUUAUAAUGGGUUCAAGUACUUGUUUUCGUCAGAUGUUCACAUUGAUACAAGAAACUGGUGAUAGUUGGGAUUCUAUAGAAGCUGCUUUAUUUAUUAUGCAAGCAGUCGCUAAAAAUAUUUUACCAGAUGAAAAUGAGGUAGUCCCAAAAGUUGUGGAAGCAAUUAUGAAUUUACCAGAAAAUACUCAUGUUCAAGUGAGGCAAACAUCUAUUAUUUUGUUAGGCGAAUUAUGUGAUUGGAUAGAAGUGCAUUCGGAAUCUUUACAACCUAUUUUGAAUUUUUUAUUAUAUAGUCUCCAACAAAGUGGAAUAGCUAAUGCUGCAGCAACUGCUUUGCAAAAUAUUUGCUCAGCUUGCAGAACUCAUAUGGCAGUUCAUAUAUCAGGAUUAAUUCAAAUUGUAAAUGCAUUGGAUUCCUUCCAAAUAAAAAAUUCUGGUGGAAUUGGUUUAUUGAAAGGUGUGGCUGUUAUUAUAGGAAGACUGCCUAAUGAUCAAAUACCUGGAGUUAUGAAAGAUAUUUGUAUGGUUCAAGCUACUCCACUGUCGAUAUUAGUAGAAAAUAAUGUAGCCAUUUGUAAAGACACAAAAGCUGAUCCCACACUAUGGCUUGAUAGAAUUGCAGUUAUAUUUCGUAAUACAAAUCCAUUAGUAAAAACGAAUGAGGAGCAUCCUUGUUUACCAAUUUUGACUGAAUUGUGGCCACUAUUUAUCAAAGUAUUUGAAAAAUAUCAAAGUGAGCUAAGAGUAAUGGAGCGAUGUUGCCGUUGCAUUCGUUUUGCUAUAAGAUGCAUAGGAUCACAAGCAUCUGUAAUUUUAGUACCUUUAGCCAAACAAAUGGUUUGCCAGUAUAGAAAAUAUCAGCACACUUGCUUUUUAUAUUUGGGAAGCAUUUUAGUUGAUGAGUUUGUCAAGAUGAAAAAUUGUGCAAAUUGUCUCAUUGAAAUGUUGGAGUCAUACAUAGAACCUACUUUUCAAAAGUUGCAAACUUCAAAUGGCUUAAAGGAAAAUCCAGAUACAGUAGAUGAUUUUUUUCGUCUGUGCACAAGAUUUUUACAAAGAGCUCCAGUUAAAUUUUUGCAGUCGCCUGCUGUGCAUCCUAUUAUUGAAUGUGCUCUUACUGCUUGUACCUUGGAUCAUAGAGAUGCAAAUGCGUCUGUUAUGCAAUUCUUCUGUGAUUUGAUAUUUGCUGGUCGUAAUGUAUCCAAACCUUAUGCUGACAUUCGAAGAAAUCUUGUGGGAAACAUUAUACAGCAGCACGGUCAAGCGCUAGUCCUAAAUCUGAUUCAUAGUAGUAUAUUCACUUUACAUUCAUAUAUGUUGGCUGAUGUAGCCAAUGUAUUUCUGGAAUUGAUCAGUUCUGAUAGACCGGCCACACAGAAUUGGGUGGUUCAAGCCGUUGAUGCAUUACCACAAAGACAAAAUGGUAUUAUUACUGCAACUCCUCAGCAAUUACAUGAUUUUCAAGCUGUGUUUGCAAAAGCUGAAACUCCAAAACAAAUUAGUAUUGCAUUAAGAGAACUUGCACGUCUAUAUUGCUAAGAAUUUUGUAUCAAAUUAAUACAAGAAAAUAAUAGUUUUUAAUUUUCACUUGACAACGUACUAAUUUGUUGUUAGUACUAUAAGAAUACUAUUAAUUAGGAACAUGUUAUUGAAAGAAUGUAGAUAUUUCAAUGAAAUAAGCCAAUUCAAAGAUAUUA